GCCCUGCACAGGAAAUCCGCUCAGCUUCUGCAAUGUGACCUGCCUGAAACUUGGGCACUCCUUCAGUCUGGAUGUUGAUGGCAGGACAAAGGGGCACCUGGACCAUGAGCGAUGUGGUAGAGAAGAGUUUGGAAGGGCCUCUGGCACCUUCUACAGAUGAGCCCUCCCAGAAAAGGGGAGAGCUGGUAGAAAUCUUAAAUGGGGAUAAGGUAAAAUUUGACGACACGGGACUCUCCUUAAUUCUGCAGAAUGGCCUGGAGACCCUCCGUGUGGAAAACUCUCUGACAGAUGUCAUCUUGUGUGUGGACAUUCAGGAAUUCUCCUGCCACCGCGUGGUGCUUGCCGCGGCCAGCAACUAUUUCAGGGCCAUGUUCUGCAAUGAUUUAAAGGAAAAGUAUGAGAAGAGGAUCAUUAUCAAAGGGGUCGACGCUGAGACCAUGCACGUUCUUUUGGACUACACGUACACCAGCAAGGCGCUGAUCACCAAGCAGAACGUCCAGCGGGUCCUGGAAGCUGCUAACCUCUUCCAGUUCCUGCGGAUGGUCGAUGCCUGUGCCAGCUUCCUCACAGAAGCCUUGAACCCAGAAAAUUGUGUUGGAAUACUGAGGCUGGCGGACACACACUCCUUGGACAGUCUAAAGAAGCAGGUUCAAAGUUACAUCAUCCAAAACUUUGUGCAGAUUCUGAACUCUGAGGAGUUCCUCGAACUUCCUGUGGACACUCUGUACCACAUCUUGAAGAGUGAUGACCUUUAUGUGACGGAGGAGGCGCAGGUGUUUGAGACUGUGAUGAGCUGGGUCCGGCACAAACAGUCGGAACGACUCUGCUUACUCCCCUAUGUCCUGGAGAACGUGCGCUUGCCGCUUCUGGACCCGUGGUACUUUGUGGAGACGGUGGAAGCAGACCCUCUCAUCAGGCAGUGCCCGGAGGUCUUCCCGCUGCUCCAGGAAGCCAGGAUGUACCACCUUUCUGGCAAUGAGAUCAUUUCGGAGCGCACCAAGCCCAGGAUGCAUGAGUUCCAGUCUGAGGUGUUCAUGAUCAUUGGCGGCUGCACAAAGGAUGAACGGUUUGUGGCAGAGGUAACCUGCCUGGACCCCCUGAGGCGCAGCCGCCUGGAGGUGGCCAAGCUCCCGAUGACGGAGCAUGAGCUGGAGAGUGAGAAUAAGAAAUGGGUGGAGUUUGCAUGCGUGACAUUAAAAAAUGAGGUCUACAUAUCAGGUGGUAAAGAAACACAGCAUGAUGUUUGGAAAUAUAAUUCUUCAAUCAAUAAAUGGAUUCAGAUUGAGUAUUUGAACAUAGGCCGCUGGAGGCAUAAGAUGGUGGUGUUGGGCGGCAAGGUCUAUGUGGUGGGCGGUUUCGAUGGCUUGCAGAGGAUCAACAACGUGGAGACCUACGACCCCUUCCACAACUGCUGGUCAGAGGCCGCGCCCCUCCUUGUCCAUGUCAGUUCCUUCGCAGCCACCAGCCAUAAGAAGAAGCUCUAUGUGAUUGGGGGAGGGCCCAAUGGGAAACUGGCCACAGACAAGACUCAGUGUUAUGACCCUUCAACCAAUAAGUGGAAUUUAAAGUCACCUAUGCCAGUGGAGGCUAAGUGCAUCAAUGCAGUGAGUUUCCGGAACCACAUCUAUGUUGUUGGCGGGGCCAUGAGAGCGCUGUACGCCUACAGCCCUCUGGAGGACACCUGGUGCCUGGUGACCCAGCUCAGCCACGAGAGAGCCAGCUGCGGCAUCGCGCCCUGCAACAACCGCCUCUACAUCACCGGGGGGCGCGACGAGAAGAACGAGGUCAUCGCCACGGUGCUGUGCUGGGACCCCGAGGCCCAGAAGCUGACGGAGGAGUGCGUCCUGCCCCGGGGGGUGUCGCACCACGGCAGUGUCACCAUCAGGAAGUCGUACACCCACAUCCGGAGGAUCGUCCCGGGAGCGGUGUCUGUGUGACUGCGGAGGCGGGAGGACCACGCGGGGAGCCGGACAGCGGGCCGGAGACCCUCCUCCUCACCUCUCCCCCGCGGCCGUCCCGCUGCAGACAGCGGGCUGGGCUUGGGGUUUAGGCCAUACACCAGGGGCUUCCCGCGGCUCCCCGUGGGGGUUCCUUGGAAGUCACACGAGACUAGCCAGGAAUGUGUGCAUGACCUACCUCAGGAGGGAAAAAGAGCAAUAUUGAACAUUCAGGACGCACCUGCCCCACACCGUGUUCAAUGCCAGGCACCUUUGUGUUAUCAGUUCACUUAACCAUCAUAGUGACCUGGUGACUGGCUGUUAUUACUCUUGUUCUACAGGUGAGGAAACCAAGUUUCAGAGAGACCAAGCGAUUUGCCCCAGGUCAGCAAAUAGUAAGGCAGGAGUCUAAAACCCACGUCUGUCCAUUUCAGAGUCAGUGCCCUUUCUGCCAAGCUGCCUAUCUCUGAGCAGGAAAAGAAAACAAACUUAGCUCAUUUUCGUUCUGACAAGUUUGCUGAAGGAUUCACUCAGCAAGGCAGGGAAAUAAAGGUGUUUCUUUUUUUAUU